UUGUCUAAUAAGGAGAUGAAAGGUUUUGUCCAAUAAAAGUCCAAACCUGUCAUUUUCAUUUGGGAGACAAACCAUUUGUGGUACAAACAACUGUAGGAAGACAUUUGGGAUUUCUGCUGCAUUGAUGGUCUGCAGCUAUUUAAGGACCUCAACCUCUCACUGCUCAAACAUUCAGUCUCAUACACCAUCCAGAGAGUAUAGAGUAAAAGUGAGGGAAAAAUACAGUUCACUCAAGCAAAGGCAGCACUCAACACAGUUCAUUCAGGCAACAACAAACACCAACUAUGGCUGGAGCAACUCUACCCGUCACUCAAACCAUAACUAUUGAUGUUCCUUUGCUUAACGACGAUAAUCACAAAGAGUGGAAAGAUGCUAUUCUCCUACAUUUGGGAUUAUUAGAGUUAGAUUACGCUGUUCUGAAUGAGGAACCCUCCGAGGUUACUGCAGAAAGCACUGACGAAGCCAAGCAGCUUCGUGCACGAUGGGAGAGAUCCAAUCGGUUAUGUGUGCACCUCAUUAAGUCAAAAAUUUCGAGAGAAAUUCGUGGUUCCAUUGAGGAAAUUCAGAAAACCAAGCCUCUGCUCAAGGCCAUUGAUGAUCAAUUUGUUGACUCAAAGAAAUCAUCGGCAAGUACUCUAAUAAUGCGAUUUAUCAACCUUCGUCUUACCACUGUUAAGGGCACGCGUAAACACAUCAUGCAAGUAAGGGAUAUUGCAGCUCAACUAAAGAAGCUGGAAAUCAUUUUACCAGAUACUUUUGUGGUGCAUUUUGCACUUAAUACCCUUCCUCAAGAAUAUAGCCCCUUUAAGAUUUCUUACAACACACAUAAAGUAGAUUGGUCUAUCAAUGAGUUGAUAACCAUGUGUGCGCAAGAAGAACAAAGGCUUAUGACUGAGAUUGGGGAAAACGCUCUAAUGGCCACAACAAAGUAUAAAAGAAAAUCUGGAAAGUCCAAGGGAUCCACCGUAGCAGCUAAGGGCAAACUGCCCCCAAAAGUUGACAUUAAGAAGAUACAGAAGUGUUUCUUUUGUAAAAAGAAGGGACACAUGAAGAAGGACUGUAUCAAAUUCAAGAAGUGGAUGUCCCAAAAGGGCUAUGACAAAUCUGAGACAGCCAACGGGAACUGAGUGUAGCAUCUUCUCUGGAAACAAGAUUGCAUCACCUGUAGAAGCUGUCGGAGUUUGUACUUUAAUUUUGAAUAAUGGUUUCGUUUUGACGCUAGAUAAGACAUUUUAUGUUCCUAGUUUCUCUAGGAACUUAAUUUCAGUUUCUAGACUUGUACCCUUUGGAUUUAAAUUUGAAUUUAAUGCCAAGUAUUUCAAGUUAUUUCAGAAUUCUACUUGUAUUGGCACUGGUACAUUAUCUGAUGGUCUUUAUCGUCUUAACUUAAAGAAUGUUUCAAUUUAUAAUUCUUUACAUGUUCAAAACGGCACUAAACGAUGCAGUAUUAACGAAAAUUCCUCAAUGUUAUGGCAUCGGAGAUUAGGUCAUAUCUCCCUUGAGCGUAUUAAAAGAUUAGUAAAGGAUGGAGUACUUUCUACUCUAGACUAUACUGAUUUUGAGACUUGCAUUGACUGCAUUAAGGGUAAGCAGACAAACAAGUCAAAGAAAGGUGCCAAUAGAAGUUCAACAUUGUUGGAAAUUAUUCAUACUGACAUAUGUUGUCCUGAUAUGGACAUGCAUGGUCAGAAAUAUUUCAUCACCUUCAUUGAUGACUUCUCAAGAUUUACCUAUGUGUAUUUACUUCAUAAUAAGCAUGAAGCAUUGGAUGCCUUUAAAUUAUUUAAAGCUGAAGUUGAAAACCAAUGCAAGAGGCA